AUGGUCCUUUCACGCGAAAACACCAAGAUCAUUAUUAUCGGCGGAGGGGGCACAAUGGGAUCGUCAACAGCUCUACACCUCCUUCGCUCAGGAUACACACCAUCGAACAUUACCGUGCUUGACGUAUAUCCAAUUCCCUCGGCUCAAUCUGCAGGACACGAUCUGAAUAAGAUCAUGGGUAUCGCUCUUCGAAAUGCACCUGACUUACAGCUUUCCCUGGAAGCACUUGAUAUGUGGAGGAAUGACCCAUUGUUCAAGCCUUUUUUCCAUCAGGUCGGCAUGAUUGACUGCUCUUCCUCGGAGGAAGGUAUUCAAAGUCUUAAGCGGAAGUAUCAAGCACUCAUUGAUACGGGUAUCGGGCUUGAAAAGACGAAUUUCUUGCUGGAUGGGGCGGAGAUUGCAGCGCGAGUGCCACCAUUCACAGAAGAACAAACCAAGGGAUGGAAAGGCCUAUUCUGUGGUGAAGGUGGCUGGCUUGCGGCUGCCAAAGCCAUUAAUGCGAUCGGAGAAUUUCUGAAAAGCCAGGGAGUCAAUUUCGGGUUCGGAAGAGCCGGAACAUUCAAACGACCCUUGUUCGCCGCCGAUGGAACAACAUGCACUGGAGUAGAAACGGUAGACGGAACAAAGUAUCACGGCGACAAAAUUGUUCUAGCUGCAGGUGCCUGGAGCUCAACACUGGUAGAUCUAGAUGACCAGUGCGUUUCGAAAGCCUGGGUCUAUGCUCACAUCCAACUUACACCAGAAGAGGUAUCCGAGUACAAAAAUAUCCCAGUCAUUUACGACGGCGAAUACGGGUUCUUUUUCGAGCCGAAUGAAUAUGGCGUAAUCAAAGUCUGUGAUGAAUUUCCGGGUUUCUCUCGCUUCAAGCAACACCAACCAUAUGGCGCGUCGUCUCCAAAACUUAUCUCUGUCCCUCGAUCGCACGCCAAACAUCCGACAGACACGUAUCCCGAUGCUUCGGAGGUGACGAUCCGGAAAGCGAUCGCGAGGUUCAUACCGCAGUUUAAGGAUAAGGAGCUGUUCAAUCGGGCUAUGUGCUGGUGUACUGAUACAGCAGACGCUAAUCUGUUGAUCUGUGAGCAUCCACAGUGGAAGAACUUUAUUUUGGCCACAGGGGAUAGCGGUCACAGCUUCAAGCUUCUGCCGAAUAUUGGGAACCAUGUGGUAGAGCUCAUUGAAGGAUCUUUGUCAGAUGAGCUAGCUUAUGAGUGGCGAUGGAGACCUGGAGGUGAUGCGUUGAAAUCUAGACGGGGUGCGCCGGCGAAAGACCUUGCUGAUAUGCCGGGGUGGAGACACGAUGCGCAGUUAUGA